UCUACAUGACGUUUAAAAAUCAAUAAUACGUUCGAUCAAUCGACAUGAAGUUUCAUGAGACACCCAGUCCAACCAACGUUUUAGGGUUAACCAUUUCUAGCAUUAACAUCGGUCACCCCACCACAAGUCUCCAUUAUUGCUAGAAUUACUGGGCUACUGCCACCCACUCAUUCGCUUAAUCAUAACUCUCUUCUAUCUCUCCAAAUUCUCAAACCACCUUUUCCUUAAUACCAUCUUUCAAUCUCCACUGCAAUAUAAUCACCAUCUUCCUUUAGAUUUAAACUCAUCUUCUCUCUUGCUGCAACAACUGACUUGCAAUGCAAAUCGUGUAUCAUUACAAUCAUUAGAGUUAUUGAUCUUGUUCAUGUUCCAACUUUUUCGUGGUUUAAUUCUCAUCGAAAGCUAGCUUAAAAGGGAAAAAGUUAUGUCGUUAGAAUCAUUCGAACGCGUGUGCUACGUCCACUGCAACUUCUGCAACACCAUCCUUGCGGUGAGUGUUCCAUGCAGCAGUAUGUCAAGCAUUGUAACUGUUCGAUGUGGUCACUGUGCAAACUUGUUGUCCUUAAAUAUCAGUGCUUUGCUUCAGACUACCACGCAUCAUCAUAAUCAUCAUCAGAAACAACUUUCCAGCAACAAUGAUAAAGCCCAAUUUGGUGGUUCAGGUUCAUCGUCUCUUCAAUCCGUUGAACCACAAGUGCCACAGACCCCAGCCAUUUGUCCCCCAGAGAAGAGGCAACGAGUUCCAUCUGCAUAUAAUAGAUUCAUUAAGGAGGAGAUUAAAAGGAUAAAGGCAUCGAAUCCAGAAAUUAGCCAUCGGGAAGCUUUUAGCAUGGCUGCCAAGAACUGGGCACAUUUCCCUCAUAUCCACUUUGGUCUAAAGCUUGACGAAACAAGCAAGUGACAAAAGAUCGCAGUUGUUGGUGAUGAAGUUUGCAAGAGUCUUAGAAGACGUUUUGACGAAGUUGAUGUUGAUUCAUGUGAUUUACCAAAUGCAUCCAUGUAAAGAAAUUAUAAACAC